GUGAUUGACCAGAGAAUUUUCUUUAUUGUCAUAAUUUAUUAAUAACAUAUAAAUGCAUACAAAUACAAAUACACUUGUAUUUGGUAAAUUUGCAAAAUGACCAAUGAAAUUAAUUCUUAAUUUGAAUAUUUGGAUAGUGUCAGAAUUAACAUUCUCAUUUAGUAAUUUGGACGGUUCACAGCAUGAUUUAGUUAACAAGCAAUACAACUACAUCCUAGUCCAAUUAGGACAUAUUUGGAUUAAAAAUUCCUCUUCUUUUUCUUCUUUUUUUCCUCCAAUUAUUUCCAAAGUGCCUAUCAUGUAGUCCUUUCGCACAUAAAAAUAUGUGUGGUGGGAGCACUUGCCUCCUACCAAUAUAGACAAAACUCAAUUCUGCCCUGGUGCCUUACAUGUAUGUGGGUUGAGUUUUUUGCUGGUCUUUACCUUGCGUACUUCUUUGAUAUUGGACAUCCAUGUUAUGGUCAAUUGAUACCAGCCCAAACAAGGUAUAUGCUGACCAGUAUUAUGUGACCAUAUUGCAGGCUCAAGUUUAGAGCUUGUCAAGAUCACAUGCUUUUUGAUGUUGGCCACUGACCAAGUGCUGGUUUUUCGAUUGGAUCAUGGGUUCAAGUCAGGUUAACUUGUUGUAAUUAGGGCUGGUUGUUCAGAAACCGGUUAAUGCUAGCCGAUGUAUGUUUUCUGGUGUAAGGUCACAUUAUUUUUUACAUAACACUUGACUUGGUAUGCUAAUGAUUAUGUUCUGUGACUAAUUUUGCAAGGUGAUGGAAGAUGUCAACAACCAAGCAGGGACGUCAAAGGACAAAACCAUCAAAAGUCGUUAUAAGAAAGGUGAAAUGGUAGAUGCAAAGGAUCCCAGAAUGGGAGCAUGGUUUGAAGCCAAGCUAUGAGGAAGAUGAUGUGACCACAGUUCCAGAGAAUUCUGUUAGACCUGUAGCAAGAACUGCUCUUAUGUGGGAUCAGAUUUCAGUUGGACAAGUAGUGAUGGCAAACUACAACCCCGAUGAACCAGAUGAGAGAGGCUACUGGUAUGAUGUCAAGAUCACAAAAAAGUAUGAUGGUCUAACAAGAAAUACCAGAGAGCUGUAUGCCAGAUUACUGUUAGGAACAAACACAGAGGAUACAGUCGCUCAGGAAUUUAGACUCAAAUUCAUAGACAAGGAAAUAUUCAAGAUCGAAAGUCCUCCAGAUCCAAGCAGUUCAGAAGAACCUUCAAGCUCAGCAAAUGGGUCAUCUUCACCAGCUAAGAGGCAAGUGAAACCUGACUGUAGUCAUUGUAAAGAUGAUCCCAAGAAAUUAUGCAAACAUUGUGCAUGCCAUAAGUGUGGUGGAAAAGAAAACCCAGGAGACCAGCUUCUGUGUGAUGAAUGUGACUUGGCUUAUCACAUCUACUGUUUAACUCCACCACUGACAAAAAUCCCUGAGGAUGAUGAAUGGUUUUGCCCUUUGUGUAAGAAUGAUACAUCAGAGGUCAUCCAUGCUGGUGAGAAGUUAAGAGAGAGUAAGAAGAAACAGAAGAUGGCAUCAUCAAAUUCAACAACAAACCGGGACUGGGGAAAGGGUAUGGCAUGUGUUGGUCGGACAAAGAUUUGUUCCAUUGUGCCUCCAAACCAUUUUGGUCCUAUUCCUGGUGUUCCUGUAGGUUCUGCUUGGAAGUUCAGAGUGCAGGUGAGUGAAGCUGGAAUACACCGUCCUCAUGUCAGUGGUAUUCAUGGCCGAGAUGGUGAUGGAGCAUACUCCAUUGUGCUCGCUGGUGGAUAUGAAGAUGACUUGGACUAUGGAGAUGAAUUCUUUUACACUGGAAGUGGAGGACGAGAUCUUUCUGGAAAUAAAAGAACAGCAGAGCAGUCAUGUGAUCAAACAUUAACAAAAAUGAAUAGGGCAUUAGCUAAAAAUUGUGCAGUUCCUUUUAAUGGCAAAGAAGGAGCAGUAGCCAAUAAUUGGAAAGAAGGAAAAGCUGUGAGAGUGGUAAGAAGCUCCAAGCUAGCCAAACAUUCAAAAUAUGCACCAGCUGAUGGAAAUAGAUAUGAUGGUAUAUACAAGGUUGUUAAGUAUUGGCCAGAGAAGGGUAAAUCAGGAUUUAUUGUGUGGAGAUACCUGCUACGGAGAGAUGAUGAGACACCUGCACCUUGGACAAAGGAAGGAAAGAAAAAGAUACAAGAGCUGGGUUUAAAGAUGGUGUACCCAGAAGGAUAUCUGGAGGCACAGGCCAAGAAAGAGGAGGAAAAAAAGAAACAAGAGAAAGAAAAAGACCAGGACAAAGAAGCCGGGAAAGGAAAAGGAAAAGGAAAGAGAAAACGAGAUGAAGAUGUAGAUAGUCCUCAAAAGUCGCCUCCAACCAAGAAAAGGAGUUACAAGUUACCCGAGAAGACUAAGGAAUUGCUUGAUGCUGAUACAGCAAAUUCAAAGCUCUGGAGUGAAGUGACAACUGGAUUACAUGAUUACCCAACAUUUAUUCAGAAAGUGGAGGAGGCAUUUACAUGCAUCUGUUGUCAAGAUGUUGUUUGUCAACCUAUAACCACAAAAUGCCUUCAUAAUAUUUGCAAGAGUUGUCUUCAACGUUCAUUUAAAGCUGAGGUGUAUUGUUGUCCGGCCUGUCGUGCUGAGCUUGGGAAGAACUACAAACUAACAAUGAAUACUUUUUUGGAUGCAGCUCUCAAUCAUUUGUUCCCAGGUUACACCAAGGGACGGUGACAUUUGUAAAGCUCUAGGUUACAUAAUUAGCUUUUUAUUUAGCAUGUUUGCUGCACUUAUAUAUUAGCAACUUGUUUUCUACAAAGAAGGGUUUAAUAAGGGCUUGUUCAAAUCAAUAUUUACAUAUUCCAUUAGAAACUUAUUACAGUAGCAGGAUUUCAGGCGUGGGCCAUAUCUGAUAAUAUCUUGAAAGAAUUAUUUUGUACAGAUUCUUGAACAAAUACAAAUCUGUUUUUGUUAUGUUAAAGUUUGUAAACAGUCUGUAAUGUAUAUGUUACACUCAAGGGAGUUUUGACAAGAUUAGGCCCCAGCCACACUACACUGGAGAAAUUUGAAACAACUUUUUUAAGGUUAGAUCUACCAUCCUCACUAAUCUGGAAAAAUUGUCCAUCGAAAACAGAGCUUUUCAAAAUGUUUUCUGACUGUAUGAAUUUCAAAACACCAGCCUUAUGUUGUAAUGUGGAUGAAAAACAUUUUGAAAACAGAACUUUUUGAAAAUGAUGACAUCACGAUAGUCAUUUUAUUUUCCUGCCCAAGUCUUCAAACGUAAUUCCAAAAUGGUGGCAUUAGACUAUUAUUUUGCACAUGCUUGAGGAUGUGUUCAAACGUUUCUGCCAUUUCUGUGUGGACCAAAAACAGAUGUGUUUUCAGAGUGAAAAUGCUGUUUUCAAAUUUCUCCUGCUUAGUGUGGAUGAGGCCAAAAACUGGACCAAAACAUUUUUAUGAGUGGCUUUUUUUCUCUUAGUUGUUUCUAAAAAGAAAGGCUUUGACAAUAUUUUGUUACAGUUGUGAUUAAUAUAAUAUUGGAAACUCAUCACUGGAUAGAGGUUAAUUUGUUAUUCUAGAGGCAAUUUGUUCUGGUUUCUUAAAGAACACCUGAUAAUUUGCUUGACGAAUGAAUUUACACAUUUAAUGUUGGAUACAGUACAUUCUCUACUGGUUGCUCUGUAGUGUUUGUCAUUUUAAAGUUCUAUUCUGGAUGUAAUAUACGGAACAUUUUGUUUAGGUAGAAAUGGAAACACUCAAGAGUUUUUUCAAAGUUACUGCACACUGUAAUAGCUUAACACUAAGGAGCUCAGCUUGGUCACUAUUCAAAACUUAUUUCCUUGUGAACUUAUUAUGAAUAGUGUCAUAUUUCAUAGAUAACCUGAUGUGUAAUCUUUAACAAGCAUGAUCUGCAUAUUUAUUUUUUGCUCUGGAAAACAUGUCUUCCUCAGGACCUUGCACACCUAAGGUUUGACAGACCCAAAAUUUCCAUGACUGGUCACUGCACAGUUGCGGUAGUGUAUGUUAUCAAAGGAAUUUUUCAACUUGAUGUGUCUCUCAUGUUCCUGUGAAGGAAGCAAGGUUUCCCAAGGGAAUACCUGUUUUUGAGGCUUAACAAUUGCUAGCAAAAGCAAAAUUUAAGGCAAAGUUGAAGAUCAUUUUGGGCUCUUUGUAUACUGAUUUUCAGUUUUUGAAACUGAUGUAUUUUGUAAUUGAUAUUGCUGUUUUAAUAAAAACUAUGUUGAAUUCCAAACUA